AACCUUUCAAAAAAAACAAACUUUAAAAAGAAAAAUUAGGAAAGUAAGAACGUUCCCUUGUCUGUCUGCUCAACACAGAGUAAGUGACUAGUCUCUCCUAUUUUCUUUUCUUUUCUUUCUUUCUUUGUUUACUUUUAUCAAACAGAGAGUGUGCAAUUUGAAUCGAAGAAGAAAACAACAAAAAUGCAUUCAUUCGGUUACAGAGCCAAUGCUUUGUUAACAUUUUCACUCACAAUUCUUGCUUUUAUGUGUGCGAUUGCUUCUCUAUCUGAUUCUCUCAAUUCUCCAUCUCCUUCUGCACAAGUUCAGGUGUUGAAUAUUAACUGGUUUCAGAAACAGCCUAAUGGCAAUGAUGAGGUCAGCAUGACGCUGAAUAUUUCAGCAGAUUUACAGUCUCUUUUCACGUGGAACACAAAACAGGUUUUUGUAUUUUUAGCUGCUGAGUAUGAUACACCAAAGAAUUCCCUGAAUCAGAUAUCCCUGUGGGAUGGUAUCAUUCCCUCUAAAGAGCAUGCAAAGUUUUUGAUUCACACAUCAAAUAAAUAUCGUUUCAUUGAUCAGGGAACCAAUUUGCGUGGUAAAGAAUUUAACUUGACUUUGCACUGGCAUGUUAUGCCAAAGACUGGAAAAAUGUUGGCAGAUAAAAUAGUAAUGCCGGGUUACCGAUUACCUGUGGAAUACAGAUGAUGCCUUCUUGUCAUGCUAAUGUUUUUGCUGUAACUUUAGUCUUUUCUACAAGGAUAUAGAAGGUUCCGUCAAAGAACUAGUCGAAUCAGGGAAACUAAAUUUGUGCUUUGGAUAGUGGAAAUAGCUUUUUGAAUACUUGAACAUCCAAAAUUGUCUUGAGUUUAUUGUUCUUCUGUAAAAACAUAUCAUGCUAUAACAAAUCCUUCGAGCUUUAGCCAGAAAA